AUGACUAGGAAUAGCACUGAAAAGCCUGGGGGGUUACUCUGUAAGGCGUUACGAAUAGCAAUGCGUUGCGAAAGUGAAUUGCGUUGCGAAGGGCAAUCGGUACUCUGUAACACUUUCGCAUUGUAAACAGUGUUGCACUGUUUUCCCGUUGAGAAAUCUUCAGUAUAGUUGACAUUACUGACCGAAACGAAGGAGAAUGAAAACAAAACCAAUAACAGAGAAGUGAAGAAGUGUAAAAAAUUGACAGACAAACAUAAUUAAAUUUGAAGAGUUUUAUGCAUACUUAUAUAAAAGUAAUUUUAAAUAAAUAAAAAAAGGUGUGAAUAUGGAUUGCGUUUUGUUAUGGGAGGAAACCGAAAAAAAUGAACGAGUGGAGCGGAAAAUGAUUAGGGACAAGUCCAAUGUGAUGAGUCUUAGUGAAAAAAGUUUCGUGCAAAACUUUCGCCUAAGCAAGGAAUCGUUCAAAUAUGUGUUGGAUAGCAUAAGUGGUGAGCUAAAAACUCCACGCAGAUCCACAGGAAUACCCGAAAUUGUGAAAUUAGCGGCAACUUUAAAAUUUUUGGCGCAGGGAGGGUAUCAACAGCAAAUUGGACAAGAUCAUCAUACAGGACUAGCUCAACAAACUGUUUCGCGUUGUAUGUUUGAAGUUUGCAAAGCGAUUGAAAAAGUGCUGUGUCCAAAACAUAUAACUUUUGGAAUGACAUCAGAGGAGAAAAAUGAAGCGAACCGAGAUUUUUACUCAGUGUCAGGAAUUCCAGGAGUAAUUGGAGUGGUGGAUGGUACUCACAUCCAAAUGAUACGACCGGCCGUAAAUGAACAUUUAUAUUUCAAUAGGAAAUUAAAACAUAGUAUAAACGCUAUGGUGAUAUGUGAUCAUAAGAUGAUGAUCAAAGCCGUUAACGGUCGGUUUGCUGGGGCGUGUCAUGAUUCACAUGUGUGGAAUUUAUCAAGCGAACGCCAAUAUUUACAAACCAACUAUAUGAAUGGAGAAAGAGGAAUUCGCAUUCUUGGCGACUCUGGAUAUCCGCUUGAGCCAUGGCUUUUAACUCCAUAUAGAAAUGCUCCUGAAAACUCUGCUGAGAGUUAUUACAACUACAAGUUUUCAAAAGCCAGAUCCUUUAUAGAACGAGUAUUUGGAGUAUUAAAAGCGCGGUUCCGAUGCCUUUUAGCUUCUAGAGAACUACAUUAUGCCCCAGAAAAAGUGGUGCAAAUUUUGAACGUAUGUUGUGCUCUUCAUAAUAUUUGCACUUUUUUUUUUAAUGUGGAAUCACCUGCCAAUAUAGCAAUAGAAGUUGAAGAAGUCGAUGCUAGUUAUACUGAAACCAUAGGAAAUGCGAAUGAAACCAAUAUUGCUAAACGCUUAAGGGAUCAAAUAAAAAACAGUAUGACUACUUUAUAA